AUGUCUUACAGCUUGGCGGUAGCUUUACUUAUUCUGGCAUUCAUUGUUGCUAAAGCGCUCUGGAACAAACAUACACGACCUGCCCCCUUUCCCCCAGGUCCAUCCGCGAAUCCACUGGUCGGUAAUCUUCGGGAUUUCCCUGUCAGUGACCCUCACCUAGGUCUCAUGGAAAUGGCCAGGAAAUACGGCGAUGUGAUGUACUUCGACAUCGUGGGAAAACCUCUCGUCAUUCUUAGCAGUCAAGAAGUCGCAUCGGACUUGCUGGAGAAGCGAAGUGCAAUUUAUAGCAGCCGCCCACGCUUCGUUAUUCACGAGAUGAUUGGGUGGGCGGACAUGCUUGUAUUCCUGCCGUAUGGAGAACAGUUCCACAAGCAGCGCAAGUUCUUUCAACAGGCUUUCAACAAACGAGGCUGCCUUGCAUUCUGCCCAACUCAGCUGUCCCAAACACAUGUGCUCCUGCAAAAACUUUUGCAAGACCCAAAGCGUUAUGAGGACCAUGUACGACAAUUUUCUACCGCAGUGAUUAUGGAGAUAACAUACGGACACAAGGUUGCUUCCGAUGACGACCCUUACAUCGACAUCACGGAGGCGACGAACAAGAUCCUCAUGGAAGCAGGCCAUAACCUGUCUAUCAUUGACUUCUUCCCUUCGCUCAAAUACCUCCCGAGCUGGUUUCCGGGAAACUGGUUCGGCCGCCUUGCAAAAGAUGCAGCGCCAUUUAUUCAGAACAUGCGCGACAUGCCUUUCGAGCGGCCUGCCGGCGAUGCCUCCCCAAGCUUUGUGUCGACGCAGAUCGAGGAUCUACAACGCAAUGGAGGAGCAAGCUCCGAAGAUUUGCAGACUUUGAAGGCUGCCUCAUCGCAGAUGUACGCGGCUGGCGCAGAGACGACAUGGAGUACGCUCAUGAAUAUAAUUGCGACAAUGUUUCUCUACCCCGAAGCCCAGCGCAAGGCACAGGACGAGCUGGAUAGUGUUCUCGGCGGAAAGAGGCUACCUGACUUCGAUGACCGCCGGUCACUUCCUUAUCUUGAUGCGGUCAUUAGCGAAGCGAUGAGAUGGCACCCGACUGCCCCGUUUGCCACGCCGCACAGCAGUACCGCGGACGACAUCUAUCGCGGCAUGUACAUUCCAAAGGGUACUACCGUCUUCGUCAACAACGUCGCAAUUUCCAUGAACGACAAGAUAUACAGCAGCCCUACCGAGUAUCGACCAGAACGCUUCCUCCCCCCUCAAUCAGAGCCGCUGCCUGUAAAUAUUGGGUUUGGCUGGGGCCGCAGGCGGGAUCCCUUUGUCCUCUAA